AGAGGACCAGGGAACGAGGGAGAGGAGGAGAGGAGAGGAGGACCAGGGAACGAGGGAAAGGAGGAGAGGACUCAAGGAAAGCUCUAUCAAAGCCAAAACCAGUGAGAAACCUGCGAGUAGGGUCAGUGAUAUGACUGACGCUAGGAUUAAUGUUAGUGAUAUGAUUGAAGCUAGGGUUAGGUUAACUAGGAUCAAGGUUCAUAAUGUGACUGAGGCUAGGGUCAGGUUAACGAGGGUUAGGGUUAGUGAUCAUGUGACUGAAGUGAAGGAUAGGAAGGCCAGGCUCAGCGGAACAGAGGACAGCCAAUCAGACCCCAGAGACACCACUGUACCCAUGACAACCAAACACAACGGCUGGCUAGCCAGUGGGCCUGGCGGCAGCAAUCUUAAAAACUGGGGUAAAUUCAGAAUCCCCAAGAGGAGCGAAAGGCCAAAGGAGGAGCCAUCAAUCCCCAACCCCCCACAGAGCAGGCCUCUUAACCACAACCCCCCACAGAGCAGGCCUCUUAACCACAACCCCCCACAGUGCAGGCCUCUUAACCACAACCCCCCACAGCGCAGACCUCCUAACCACAACCCCCCACAGGGCAGACCUCCUAACCACAACCCCCCACAGCGCAGACCUCCUAACCACAACCCCCCACAGGGCAGACCUCCUAACCACAACCCCCCACAGGGCAGACCUCCUAACCACAACCCCCCACAGGGCAGACCUCCUAACCACAACCCCCCACAGGGCAGACCUCCUAACCACAACCCCCCACAGGGCAGACCUCUGCACAGAACUCCCCCCAACACCAGUGAGCUGUCGUACCCCAGGACACGACUCCGAACUGGGACAGAGAGCGAUGGGUACUCCUCCGCUACCCCUGAAACUCCGCCCAGUGGGGUGGAUAUGGAGGCGUGUCAGAAGAGAUGCCACUCCCACCAGCUGAGGGGCGGGGCCUACGGCUCUGACAUCAUCCACCAAGAGGUUCUAGCCUCCUGAUGACAUCAUCCUGCUGAGAAACAAACAGCACCAUGUUUAUAGAAAACGAAGCUAGCCCAUGGUUGCUUUUAAUAUUUUAUUUUUUCAUAAUCAAAUUUACAGAACUGAUAUUUAUUUUUUUAUUUGUAUCAUUUGUAAAUAUUUUCAAUUCUGUUGAAAAACUUGUUUUAUUGAUAAGGUGUUAUUUUUCAGUGAAUGUAUGAUGGCCACUAACUCUAGACAUGCUCAUAGCCUCAACAAAAUCACACCUGACAACUGAUUUUUGUUGAAGCAUAAGCCAUGUAUUUAAUUUGUAGUUUGCGAAAUCACAUUAUAGCACUUGCAGAAUGGUAAAGUAUGAAUGAAGUAUUGAAUAAUGGAAAUUUAACCUGAAACCAUGAAAACUACACAAAGAAUCAGAAUAAAUCACAUUUAUAUACUUCCCAGCAGUGAAUCAAGAGGUUGGGGGAGAGAGGCCUGAUAUUGCUAGAGAACCUGAGAAACCCUUGAACCAAUCAAGUGGAGGCUGAUGCUGUGGAGGCGGCCGGGUAUUGGUGAACUACGAUAGCGUAAUGAGGAACCUCCCUGGGCUAACACUGUCUGAUGGUGCUUAGUGGUUAAGGCUGGAUUCAAUCUAUCGCUGAAGUGUUAGAUGGCGGGAAGGACUGACUGAGGUGUUAGAUGGCGAGAAGGACUGACUGAGGUGUUAGAUGGCGGGAAGGACUGACUGAGGUGUUAGAUGGCGGGAAGGACUGACUGAGGUGUUAGAUGGCGGGAAGGACUGACUGAGGUGUUAGAUGGCGGGAAGGACUGACUGAGGUGUUAGAUGGCGGGAAGGACUGACUGAAGUGUUAGAUGGCGGGAAGGACUGACUGAGGUGUUAGAUGGCGGGAAGGACUGACUGAAGUGUUAGAUGGCGGGAAGGACUGACUGAGGUGUUAGAUGGCGGGAAGGACUGACUGAGGUGUUAGAUGGCGGGAAGGACUGACUGAAGUGUUAGAUGGCGGGAAGGACUGACUGAGGUGUUAGAUGGCGGGAAGGACUGACUGAAGUGUUAGAUGGCGGGAAGGACUGACUGAAGUGUUAGAUGGCGGGAAGGACUGACUGAGGUGUUAGAUGGCGGGAAGGACUGACUGAAGUGUUAGAUGGCGGGAAGGACUGACUGAGGUGUUAGAUGGCGGGAAGGACUGACUGAGGUGUUAGAUGGCGGGAAGGACUGACUGAGUUGACAUAUGCUGGAACGUUGCCUUUAAAAUUUCAAUCACGCUGACCUUCAGCGAUACAGAUUGAAUAGAGCCUCAAGUCCAUGACACGUCUAGUAGGAGUGCCGAUCUAGGACCUGUCUGUCUGUCAGAGGCUUUAUGGAGACUGGCCCAGAGCUGAAGACAAACCACUUCCUGUUCUGACUCAUCCAGGGGUCAUCGGAUGGACUUCCUGUGACAGAUGUCAUUCAUCAUGUGCCUAUCUUUAUUAAAAGUGUUUGCACUAAGACAGGAUUGCUGGGCUGGGUUUGGAGGAAAUCCUUUUUACAGAAAAACAUUUUGUACCAUCGACUGCUGCUGUAUUGUCAUUAUGCAAAUGACCAGUCAUGUCUUAAAUAAAUUCUGGUGGAUUUUCAAGUUUCA